UUCACUAUGAAAAAAUGUGGUGUGCUUCUCCUGUUGGGUAUCAUCUUCCUGGUUCUGGUUGGAGUUCAAGGGAUUCUGAUGGGCCUGCGUGGACGUUGCUCCUGCAUUGAAACUAGCCACAAGAAGAUACCAUUACGAUCCUUAAAAUAUCUUAAACAAUUUGCUCCAAGCGUUUCUUGUGAAAAUACUGAAAUCAUUGCUACCUUGAAGAAUGGACAUCAAACUUGUUUAAACCCAGAUUUAGCACAUGUGAAGAAAUUGGUGAAAAACUGGGAGAAACAGGUCAGCCAAAAGAAAAAGCAGAAGAAAGGAGGGAAACAUCCAAAAAACAAGAAAGUGAAAAAAGACAGAAAAUCUCCACGCCCAUUUGGAAAGAAGACCACCCCGUAAGAGGACACUUCACCAACAAAGACUUCGUAUUAAAACAUUGUCAGCUCCUGGAGGCCAGGCACCAAAUUAUAUAGAUGACUAAAUCCGCCCAAUGCCAAAUAUGAGACGACUUCAAAGAGUUUGUGGGAAAUCCCAUUAUCUUUUCCUUUCAUUUUCCAUGAAUUUUUCAAAGUUCCUUUUUAUACGGUGGAUCUAGAUUUAGAACAAUUGCUUAAUUGUAAUUGACCCAGUUAGCAGGGUAACCCAACCACCUCUACAGAGCAGGAGCGGAUUAUGUGUGGGCUACUUCACGCUCUCUAACCUCUGGUAACCUCUCUCUCUCUUCUUCAGGCCAGUGUCACAGCGGUGUGGCAACACCCUCAUUUGAUUAUGACAGGAUGUUUACUUAGCUUCCUUAGCAGAUAAGAAGCAUAUGUUCACAGUAUAUUUGGGACUUUCUUUAAAAUACCGAGGACACCUAAAAUCAUCAGGUCUGAUGAUGAAAAGGGGUGUUAGAGAUCAGAUGACCCGGUAUCUGGUCUUUCGUUGCCCGGUACAAAGAGGUCAAUACCGUUCCUGACAAGUGUGAUCUGACGAGAUAGGCUCCAAAAUCUCUUGGGAAAUUCAUUUCAGGCCAGAAUCAGUUUCAUUGUCGAAUUAACUUCUUUCCCAGUCUUCAAGGAAUGGUGGUUAUCAGUGGCUAUCCCAGCUCCCGGGAAGCAAGGGGGCUGGAGGACACCAAGACCUGGAAGAGCAUGGCAGCCCUGCGAGGCCCUGCAGGAGUCGGAAGCCUCCUCUAAAAGAAGGGCUUCAGGGGAUGCAUGAGGAGAGGUGUCACUGGCCAGACUUGAAACCUGAAUACUAACUUUGCCAGAUUUUGCUGCUCUCCCUCAGGAUGCAGAUAAUUUUCAUCACUUCCCAGUGGGGAUCUCACCCCAGCCUCUUGUCUAAUUAUCUAAGACUCUGCUACUUCUGUGUAAACCCCCUCCCCGCUGCAAACUCUAACUGCUGCAGAAUUUGAGAGUCUGUGGCCCCAUUACUAUACAGUACACAAGUAAAGCAGAUAAUAUAGAACUAAUAACCUAGGCUCAUACCUUAGUAGUACACAUAUGUAUGACACAUAUGUAUCAUACAUACAUAUACAGAUGAUACAUAUCCAAAUGUAUGUACCUAUAUAAACAUUAUAUGGAGCCCUGAUAGCUCAGUGGUCAGGUGCUUGCUUACUAACCCAAAGGCUAACAGUUUGAAACCACUAGUGAUCUCUGGGAGAAAGAGGUGUCAGGCUGCUUCUGUGGUGAUCACAGCUUUAGAAACUUGAUGGAGCCGACCUACUCUGUCCAAAGGGUCACUAUGAGUCAGUCAACUCAAUGGUUCACAACAGCAAUAACGUGCAUUAUAAUCCCUUGUCAUUUGUGUAUGCAUGAAUAUC